AUGAAAUUAUUUUAUCAACAUGCUACUCGGUCUAGAAAUGCUUCGUAUCCGCUCAUAAGUGGCGAUACAUUCAGAGCAUUUGCCGAUCAUGUAUUCGACGAAACAGCAUCCAUCAAUACAUGGCCUGAUAAAAUUCGAAAUAUGGCAGACGGAGACAUUUUAUUUCUAAAAACGGAUAUGCUCAGUUCUUUUUUUCCACUUUUCAACACGAUUAAUUGUUCAUUUAUACUCAUUUCACAUAACAGUGAUAAUUCAGCUCCCGGUACUUAUAAAACAUACCUUAACGAUGCAAGACUCUUGGCCUGGUUUACUCAAAAUCCUGAUACUUAUCAUCCAAAAUUGUAUACAUUACCUAUUGGAUUGGCAAAUAUGCGUUGGCCCCAUGGAAAUUUGAAUGAAUUGAUGUUCGCAUUUCAUAAUCAUAGACGACCAUUCGGCAAUCGAGAAAUUUUGGUAUAUGUUAAUUUUGACGUGAAUACAAACACCCGCGAACGAACGGAUGCGUUAGAUCAAGUAAAAACUAUUCAAAAUGUUCGUAUUAUUAAACAGAAAAUUCCAUUUUCUACUUAUUUAAAUGAUAUUGGAAAUACGAAAUUUGUUUUGAGUCCACGAGGUAAUGGACUCGAUUGUCAUCGAACAUGGGAGGCACUGUUGAUGGGAGCCGUUCCCAUCGUUCAUACAGGGGAAUUAGAUUCCCUUUUUGUGGAUACACCAGUAAUAAUAGUCAAAGCUUGGUCUGAUGUCACAGAAAAUUAUCUUUUAUCACUGAACUUUACACAGUUUGAUAAUACUGGAGCAAGAAUUAAAGCAAGCGAAACUGUUGAUAAAAACGUGUGCUCAAAGAUGCAAUCCAUGUUAUCCUAUGGAAAAUAUCAUACAACUCAGAUGUCCUCGAAUAUAACCUAUGUAAAACGUGACUAUCCACAUAAUUUUCUCGCCUAUUCGCCUAUCAAUGAUAUUAUUGUUUUUGUUGAACCAAAUAAUUUGAUUCAUGUUUAUAAUUCAAAAACCAUGUUACUUCUUGCUAAUAUAUCGACAAAUGAAAUUGUUAUAGCCGGUUCAUGUGCUGCAUUCUCCACAACAAUAGUUCCAACAUCUCCAUUAACGACGGCAUUGUUUUUUAUUUAUCAAAAUUUAAAAAAAGAAUUUGUAUAUAUAUUAUCUAUUUGCCAAAUGAAUUUUAAUCUCAUUCAAUUGGUUUUUACUAAAGUGUAUUGUAUCGAACCAUUAGAAAUUCAUUCAAAAAAUAAUAUAAAAAUUACGGGUUUUACAAUAAAAAAAAAUCAUCAAUAUGUUAAAGGAAAACCAAAAUCACUAUUGUUUAUUUCAAGUGAUAUUGGUAUUAUUUAUUCAAUAUUCGAUUCAAAUUCUGGUUUGUUAUAUCGAAAACCUAUGAUUAUGAAUGAAACAUUGAAUGAAGGUAAUAUUGUUUUAUCGUCGUCCGGUUUUAUAUUUUAUGCCAGUAUGCAAGAUCAUACCAACUAUGAAUUAUUUGUAACAAAAGAUUUUCGAAUUAAAUAUGGAAAAAUAAUGAGAAGUAACGCCAUUAAAUAUCCCUUCGGUCUUAUAACAGACGAAUGUAAUCAUUUAUAUAUUGCAACGAAAUCAAUGAUUCUCGUCAUGAAUAUUAAAACAUAUACGACGAUUCGAAAUGUUUUCUCAAAAUCAUCGGAAUUACCGAUCUCCAUUGAACGUCUUAAUACAACAACAUUUAUCUAUGCAACAAUUAAAAAAAUUACACGGACAAGAUCCGUCUGGAUGUUUAAUCUGUUAGAAUUCAACGACUCAAGACAACAACAACUUCUCCCGUUUGAUAUUCCAAAGUUAUGGCCGGCUACCCGAUUAGACAAUGAUACUAUCCCCACCACUCCAAAUAUAACGAGACAAGAUUUAUCAUUAUUCAAGCUUCAGAACAACAUACAUCCCAGUUUAUCGUGGUCCAUUCCACAAAGUUUCACAUUUCUGAAUCUUGAGCCCGAAAACAUCCUUAAAAUACCAUCUCGGACAUUCAGCGGUGUGACAAUUUCUUCAUUAAGUCCAACAAAUGCAUUCACUGCACAAUCGCAAGCAGAAUUCAACGAUGAUCAACAUAAUGGGAAACUAACAAUAAUCAGGGAGACAACUUCCAGCACAGAUGUAAGUUUAUCGUCGCUGACUCAACAAACUUCAAAAUUUCCAGAUCUUGAGCCCGAAAAUAUCCUUGUAACGUCAUCCGAGACAUUCAACAGUGUAACACUUUCUUCAUUAAGCUCUACAGAUAAUCUGACUGUACAAUCGAAAACACAAAUCAACGAUGAUCCAGACAAUGGGAUAUUAACAACAACCAGGCACACAGCUUCCACCACAUACCAAAAUUUACCGUCGUUCAUUCAACAAAGUUCAAAACUGCCUGAUCUAGAGCCGAAAAAUAUCCUUGAAACAUCAUCCCAGAUAUUCACUAGUGUGACACUUUCUUCAUUAAGCUCUACAAAUAAUCUGACUGCACAAUCGAAAACACAAAUCAACGAUUAUCCACACAAUCGGACAUUAACAACAAUCAGGCAGACAACCUCCACCACAUAUAAAAGUCUACCGUCGUCGAUUCCACAAAGUUCCCGAUUUCGGAACCUUGAGCCAGAAAAUAUCCUUCAAACAUCAUCUCAGAAUUUGAGUACUGUGACACUUUCUUCAUUGAGCUCCACAGAUAAUUUGACUGUACAAUCGGAACCACCAAUAAACGCCCAUCAAGACAAUGGGACAUUAACGACAAUCACGACGACAACUUCCAGCAUACAUCCCAGUUUAUCGUGGUCCAUUCCACAAAGUUUCACAUUUCUGAAUCUUGAGCCCGAAAACAUCCUUAAAAUACCAUCUCGGACAUUCAGCGGUGUGACAAUUUCUUCAUUAAGUCCAACAAAUGCAUUCACUGCACAAUCGCAAGCAGAAUUCAACGAUGAUCAAGAUACUGCGAAACUAACAACAACCAGGGAGACAACUUCCAGCACAGAUGUAAGUUUAUCGUCGCUGACUCAACAAACUUCAAAGUUUACAAACCUGGAACCGCAAAACAUACUUCAAACAUCGUCGCAGACAUUAACUCGUGCGACACUUUCUUCAUUAAGCUCUACAGAUAAUCUGACUGUGCAAUCAAAAACACAAAUCAACGAUGAUCCACACAACGGGAUAUUAACAACACUCAGGCAGCCCACUUCCACCACAUAUCAAAGUUUACCGUCGUUCAUUCAACGAAGUUCUAAACUGCCUGAUCUAGAGCCGGAAAAUAUCCUUGAAACAUCAUCUCAGACAUUGAGGAGUGUGACACUUUCUUCAUUAAGCUCUACAGAUAAUUUGACUGUACAAUCGAAAACAGAAAUCAACGAUGAUCCAGAUAAUGGGAAACUAAGAACAAUCAGGCAGACAACUUUCACCACACAUCCAAGUUUACCUUCGUGGUUUGAACAUACCUCACUGUUGCCAAAUGCUGAACCGGAAAACAUGUUUGAAACCUCAUCACAGAUAUUGAGCAUUGUGACGCUUUCAUCAUUAGGUUCAACAGUUGAUUUGACUGUAGACUCAAGCACGACCGAUGAUCAAGACAAUGGGACAUUACCAACAGUCAGGCAGCCCACUUCCACCGCAUAUCAAAGUUUACCGUGGUUCAUUCAACAAAGUUCAAAACUGCCUGAUCUAGAGCCGGAAAAUAUCGUUGAAACAUCAUCUCAGACAUUGAGUAGUGUAACAGUUUCUUCAUUAAGCUCUACAGAUAAGCUGACUGUACAAUCGAAAACACAGAUCAACGAUGAUCGGGACAAUGGGGACCUCACAACAAUCUGGCAGACAACUUCUAUCACACAUCCAAGUUUACCGUCGUGGAUUCAACAAAGUUCCAGUUUUCCAGACCUUGAGGUGCAAAACAUCGUUCAAACAUCGUUACAGACAUUCAGUAGCGUGACACUUUCUUCAUUAAGCACCACAGAUAAUAUGACUGUACAAUGGAAAACAGAAAUCAACGAUGAUCCAGAUAAUGGGAAACUAAGAACAAUCAGGCAGACAACUUUCACCACACAUCCAAGUUUACCUUCGUGGUUUCAACCUACUUCAAAGUUGCCAAAUGCUGAACCGGAAAACAUGUUUGAAACCUCAUCACAGAUAUUGAGCAUUGUGACGCUUUCAUCAUUAGGUUCAACAGAUGAUUUGACUGUAGACUCAAACAUGACCGAUGAUCAAGACAAUGGGGAACUAGCAACAAUCAGGGAGACAACUUCCAACACACAUCCAAGUUUACCAUCGUCUACUGAACAAAGUUCAAAGUUUACAAACCUGGAACCGCAAAACAUCCUUUUAACAUCAUCACACGCAUUCAGCAGUGUGACACUUUCUUCAUUACGCUCGGCAGAUAGUUGGACUGUGCAACAGAAAACAAAAUUCAACGAUGAUCAAGAUACUGGGAAACUAACAACAACCAGGGAGACAACUUCCAGCACAGAUGUAAGUUUAUCGUCGCUGACUCAACAAACUUCAAAGUUUACAAACCUGGAACCGCAAAAUAUACUUCAAACAUCAUCUCAGACAGUGAGUAGUGUGACGCUUUCUUCAUUCAGCUCAACAAAGGAUCUGACUGUAGACUUGAAGAUGACCGAUGAUCGGGAUAAUGGGAAACUAACAACAAUCAGGCAGACAAGCUUUUUGGCGUUUUUUCGACAAAGUUCAAAAUUUCCAGAUCUGGAGCCGGAAAAUAUCCUUGAAACAUCAUCUGAGAUUUCAUUGAGCUCCACAGAUAAUUUGACUGUACAAUCGAAAACGCAAAUCAACGAUGAUGAAGACAAUGAGACAUUAACAACAAUCAGGCACACAACUUCCACCACAUAUCCAAGUUUACCGUCGUCAUUUCAACAAAGGUCAAAAUUUCCAGGCCUUGAGCCCGAAAAUAUCCUUGAAACAUCAUUACAUACAUUCAGCAGUGGGAUACGUUCUUCGUUAAGCUCAACAAAUGCUAUUACUGUAGAAUCGAAAACAGAAAUCAACGAUGAUCAAGAUAAUGGGAAGCUAACAACAAUCAGGCAGACAACUUCCAGCACACAUCCAAGUUUACCGUGGUUGAUUCAACAAAUUUCAAAAUUGCCAAAACCCGAGCCGGAAAACAGCCUUGAAACAUCAUCGCAUACAUUCAGUAGUGUGACACUUUCUUCGUUAAGCUCUACAGAUAAUUUGACUGUACAAUCGAAAACACAGAUCAACGAUGAUCAAGAUAAUGGGAAACUAACAACAAUCAGGAAGACAACUUCUAUCACACAUUCAACUUUACCGUCGUCAUUUCAACAAAGUUCAAAGUUUGCAGGUCUUUCUGCGCAAAAGAUCGUUCAAACAUCAUCCCAAACAGUCAAUAGUGUGAGACUUUCUUCAUUAAGUUCAGCAACUGAGUUGACUGUAGAAUCGAAAACAGAAAUCAACGAUGAUCAAGAUGAUGGGAAGCUAACAACAAUCAGGCAGACAACUUCCAGCACACAUCCAAGUUUACCUUUGUGGAUUCAACCUACUUCAAAGUUGCCAAAUGUUGAGUCGGAAAACAUGUUUGAAAUAUCAUCACAGACAUUCAGCAGUGUGAUGCAUUCUUUAUUUGAUUCAACAAAUGAUUUGACUGUAGACUCAAACAUGACCGAUGAUCAAGACAAUGUGAAACUAGCAACAAUCAAGGAGACAACUUCCAGCAAACAUCCAAGUUUACCAUCGUCGAUUCAACAAAGUUCAAAGUUUACAAACCUGGAACCGCAAAAUAUGCUUGAAACAUCACAGAUGUUCAGCAGUAUAACGCUGUCAUCAUUUAGUUUAACGAAUGAUACGGAUAUGCAUUCGAAAAUGAUAAUCAAUGAUGAUCAGGAUAAUGGGGAACGAAGUACAAUGGGGGUGACAAGUUCCAGCUCAGUGAGGAAGACAAUUUUAUUGGAUGAUGAUACUGAAAUGUUGAAUAAUUAUAUGGCCAAGCCUGAGGUAACUGUAAUACCUGUAUGGCUAGAUUCUACCGGCACAGACGGAAUGGUCGAUAGGUCCUCUUCUAUCGCUGAAAAUGGUCAGUUAACAGAUAGUGCUAAACUGUUCACCAUCGAUAAAUUGUCAGAUAUUUUGGAAUCAUGGAGGGCGUUUACAACGGAAGGAAACACUGGAAUAACUGAUAGUAAAAUGCUAUCAAGUGCGAAAAUAAAAUCUAUCAUGACCACGCGCAUGGAAUCGAGCAAACAAAGUCCACAAAUCAUUGACAUUUUCUUUGAUAGCACGCGUAGUUCAAGUACGGCGCCAAAUCAGACAAAAUUAUAUCAUGAUGUUGCAUUCAGCGAGUGUAUAAACUGCUCAAACCUAAGUAUUGUUUCAAUGACAAAACCAGACGAAUAUUCCAGUACUGAUGGAAUGAAAAGUUUCUUGUUAAACACACCGGAAUUGACCUUCAUUACCACCGAAAGUUCCAAAGUUAUUGAUAUUGAUCAGCGUGUAUUUACCUCAAAUUUAUUGUUGCAACAAAAUACAGCAAUUUCAAUAGGUACUACUUUUCGGACUGAUAUAUCAACUACAUCAGACUUACAAAAGAUAACAGACACAAAAUUAGAACUUUCACAUUUUACUUAUGACAAAAAUAUCGCUGUCGAACAUUUGAAUACUCCGGUAAUGAUAAGCAAAUAUUAUCGUACUACUAUAUCAUCCAUAGUAGCAGAGUUGCACGAUGUUAUGCUAACCACCAAAACAUCUACACUUACAUUAGUCGUGGAUCGAUAUUUAUCUACAUUACAGUUACCUUUGAAUAAAAACACAUUGCUUACAUCUGUCAGUGAUAAAAUAAUUACAUUGCACUUGUCAACAACUCUUUCUCAUCCGCUUCAUUCUACUACUUGUUCACACCAUAACACAGCUUCACUGCACUCUAAACAUCACACACAAUCACCAUCAACACGCUUACAUGAAUAUUCUUCUUCGACUGCACUGCUAUUACACCAUACACCAUACAGAGGUAUAUGUUUAACCUGUUUAACUUCAACAAAUUUUAUUUUAUCAGAACUAACUCACUCUCAUUUAGAAUCCACGCAGCAGCAAACAAUGUUACCGUUGACGUACUCAUCAUCAGUAGUACCGUUAACGCACUCAUCAUCAAUGCUACCGUCAACAUACCCAUCAUCAAUGCCACCGUCAACGUACUCAUCAUCAAUGCCACCGUCAACGUACUCAUCAUCAAUGCUACCGUCAACAUACUCAUCAUCAGUAGUACCGUUAACGUACUCAUCAUCAAUGCUACCGCUGAAGUAUUCGUCAUCGACAUUAUAUACUACAAACGAAUCAACCGUCUCUAGCCACCCAAUCACAGCGACUAUCGAAAUUACGUCAGAAAGCUCAAUUAAUACAUCAGACUCGAUCCUAAGUACUCAGGUUUUCCCAACUGUUCAAUUCCACUCAUCAACGCAGAUGUCUCUGACCACAUCGUCAUCAUAUACUUUUAUACCUGCUACUAGUACACUAGCUCAAACUAUGUUCACAUCUACUGUGGAGUCCACAACACAUUUUCGUACAUCUCCUCCUAAUAUAUUUCAUAUUACAACUGUAGAUCGAUCGUCGUCUAGUACAGAUUCUUCAAAUAUAGAAUAUUCGACCGAUGUCUAUAGUUCAUUUUCUGCUUCGAUCGGCGCUGACAAAGUAUCAACAAAUGAAGAAUUUUUAACUUCAGAUAUACUAAUCACCAAAACGUCAACAAUGAUUCCCGAAUACAGCACCGAACAAUAUACACCUUCUAGUUUUUCAACUCAAAAAUACGAUACUAGUUCUGUGGCAUUGUCAACUGAUAUUUUAUUGGCAAAAUGGCAUUCCGAAUACGACGCGCAUGAAGAUAAAGAAAUUAUUUCUCUUGUUCCUCCAUCUGGUCAAUCAGGAAUUGAUUUUACUCCGGAAUUAUUAAGUUCGUUGUUAGCUAGUGACAACGCAACGUCUUCAAAAAUUAUUAAACUCGAUCUUAACAAUGUAAAAUCGCCGACUUGGAAAAUAUCAUUAAAAUCAAAUUUGAGCUUUAGUCUACUAAUCAACCUACCCGAAAUACCUCUUAACGACACAAAAAGUCAGCCGAUGAAUUUAACGUUCGCAGAUAUCGACGCUGUUCGAUUUGAAACAAAUAUCGUGGGAUCGAGUGCAAAUGUCGAUCUUCAACGAAUAGAAACCAAACAAUUUGCAUUUUCAAUGGAUUCCUCCAAUUUAACUCGUAAUACGAGUGUAAUUUUCGGUCACGUUAAAAGCGAUAAAUUUCUUUUGAAUUUAACAAAAUCAAAUGAGACCGAAAGUGGAAAUAUGAAUGUUGAAGUACGUCAGGUCGAUUCAUCUACAGCUGAACUUUUUCUAUCUGGAGAUUUCUGCACGAACGAAAAUGGACUUCAGAUCAAUUUGAACCUAACACAAAAUGGUUCUAUCCGCUAUGGUGAUCGAAAACCAUUAACAAUUGGACCCGUAUUUACUCGUGUUCAUAUGUUGAAACAAUCAUGUGAUCGUGAUCAACCAUUAGUAUUAUUUUUCGAUGUUUGUCUCCAACAAAAUCCUUGUUUGAAUAGUGGAACAUGCAUAUCAUUGAUUCCUGAUUAUAAUUCACCUGACGAUGGUUCAAUAAGUCAAUCGGGUAAUGUUGGUUACACGUGUAAAUGUCCAAAAUUAACAUCUGGUGAACACUGUGAGUUAAUGCAGUAUCCAUUUGGUUAUUGUUUAAAUGGUGGUGAUAGUAGCCAUCCGAAUGAUGAAAACAUCACUUGCAUAUGUCCAUCAGGUUUUACAGGUGUUCAUUGUGAAAUAAAUAUUAAUAAUUGUGAAUCUAUCACUUGUUCCUCUCAUGGUAUGUGUGAGGAUUCAAUUAAUUCGUAUCGUUGUGUAUGUUACAAAGGCUAUGAUGGGCCAAAUUGUGAAAAUAUAAAUUUUGAAAGAGUCGUAAUUGAACUAACAACAAAAUCAUUCGCUAUUGUAGCUAUUCUAUUGAUAGUGUCCAUUGCUGGACUAGUGAUUGCGAGCGAUAUUCAUACAUAUGUUACUAAACAGAAAAAAAGUACAAAACCAAAACAACAAUCAGAAUUAUUAUCUGAUGCUGUACUCUUGCUUGGUUUCGUUGAUGCGCCAACCGAGCUGAAGACUCAACCUCCUGAACGUAAACCCAAAGGACAACAAAGACUAAUACUACCACCAGCUCAGUCACAGAAAAACGGCUUUAAAAAAAUAAAAAAACGUUCUAAAAAACCAAAGCGUGAAAAUGAGCGAUUGAUUGAACAAACUGUUGUUUGA